AUGUUGACAUAUGUUGACUUUCAUACUGCGGAUGUAUCGGUCCUCUUAAGGCCCUACAAACAGAGUUUUCCCGAGCUCUCCACCAGCAGCAACUGGCAUCAUGCUGCCCGCGGGAGCAUCCUGGAUGGCGAUAUCAAGGAUGGGAUCUUCUACGGGGUUGGCACAGACGGUUUGCUCUACCAGCAACCUCUGAAGAGCAUGAGUACAAGCAGCCAUUGGAAGCAGGCUACCAGCAGGGGUGGUGUGAUUUCCAUUGCGAUCCACGAGUCAACAAACCUACUCUAUGGUGCGAACGGGGGGGGCAGUUUGUACAAGAUUCCUUUGAACAAUCUCGCUGGAAAUGGCUGGGUGCACGUGCCCCACAACGGCAAAUGCUACCACAUCACCAUCUCAGGCGAUGACAUCUACUGCAGGGGAAGUUCCAAGGCCGUGUGGUACCAGAAGCUUACCACACUGACAGCCUCGUCGUCAUGGAAGAAGGUGGCCCGGGGCGACGUGAUGUCCGUCUACGUCCCCAAGGCAGCCGCUAAAGCCCUGGACUUCGAGGAAACGGAUUUUGAGAUGGGACCAGACUACACAUCGUAUAUCUACGCCACAGGUACCGACCACACCGUCUUCCGACAGCCGUUGCAGGGGUUAUCGACGGCCGGUACUUGGCAACACGUGGGAAAAGGAAGCAUCAUCAGCCUUGUAGCUGAUGGCGAAGUGCUGAUUGGCAUCGGUACCGACAAACAGCCCUACAAACAGAGUUUUCCCGAGCUCUCCACCAGCAGCGACUGGCAUCAUGCUGCCCGCGGGAGCAUCCUGGAUGGCGAUAUCAAGGAUGGGAUCUUCUACGGGGUUGGCACAAACGGUUUGCUCUACCAGCAACCUCUGAAGAGCAUGAGUACAAGCAGCCAUUGGCAGCAGGCUACCAGCAGGACAUUUAGUAUUCGAGUGACAUCUGCAGAUAUGGAUGUGUAUUUUUGCUUCGGUGGCGAAAGACCGCGAAAGGGCGGCGAAAGGUUCGCGAAAGGCGAGAAAUCCGCGAAAGAUUCGCGGAAGGUUCGCGAAAGGAUUCGGUUCUGGCUGGUGGCGUCGGAUAUCAAUGCAUACAACGCCAGGGGUGGUGUGAUUUCCAUUGCGAUCCACGAGCCAACAAACCUACUCUAUGGCGUGAACGGACAGGGCAGUUUGUACAAGAUUCCUUUGAACAAUCUCGCUGGAAAUGGCUGGGUCCACGUGCCCCACAACGGCAAAUGCUACCACAUCACCAUCUCAGGUGAUGACAUCUACUGCAGGGGAAGUGCCAAGGCCGUGUGGCACCAGAAGAUUUCCCUGUUGACAGCCACUUCGUCAUGGACAAAGGUGGCCAAAGGACCAGUGACCUCCGUCUUUGUUCCCAAGGGGAAGAUCUGCAGCGGCACACUCAUCGAGAAAACUGACGAUUGGGCUUGUGAUAAGAUCACAGGGGUCAAGAAGUGCAAGUCGCAUUACGAGCGAUCUGGGACCAGCGACACCUACAUGCAAUGCUCACCCAGCAGAGCUAUCCCAGGCUCGAAGAUCAUCAACUGCCUUGCCACAACCAUUUGCUCGCCACCCUGAGAUCUUUCCAGAAGGAACAUGAACUGGAACUCAAAAUCCUGCGGAUGACUACAACACCGUCACCACCAGUGUCCUUCUGAUCAGUACUACUCUGGUCAACAGCACCAUCAUCGGCAAUGACUUUCUUUGCCCAGUGUUCAUGACUUCCCAUACCCAAAGACCAUAUGUGGGAAAAUUAAUCGCCUGUGUUGGGAGUCGAAACAGAUGCCCUACCG